AUGUCAGCAUUACAGCCUCUCAGUAACAGCAUGGCUGCCCAGACUGGUUGGCAUCAACACAGAGUCCUCUGCUCUGUAUUAACAAAAACCUUCAGACAACGAAAAGCAAAGAAGAAAAAGAACAGCUUCAUGGAAUGCCAGAAAAUCUGCCAGGCACUCAAACGAAAGUGGAAUGAGGUGCUGGAAGACCACGUGUCCUCAGACUCCCCACUGGGAAGCGCACAGCCUUGGAAGGAAAAAAGGAUCAAAACUCUUGGUAAUACAAAAGAGUCCGAAUGUGCAGGUUCACCCAGUGACACCUGGGAAGCGGACAGUGGUUUCUCAUCAGAGAGCAGUCCUCCCACCAGUGGCCGGAGUUCUCCCUGCGUUGGGGUUCAGCCCUCCAUGCUGCUGGCCAUGGACUGUGAAAUGGUAGGGACAGGUCCGAAUGGACAGUUUAGUGAACUGGCCCGCUGUAGUCUGUUAAAUUACUCUGGGACUGUGAUCUAUGACAAGUAUGUCCUCCCUCGUCAGCCUGUCACGGACUACCGGACACCAUGGAGUGGCAUUAAAAAGGAGCACUUGAUAAAUGCUUUGCCCUAUGAAGAAGCGAGAAAGGAGAUUUUGCAGAUCAUUAAUGGGAAGGUUAUAAUUGGUCAUGCUCUGCAUCACGACUUUGCGGUCCUGGGAAUUAGCAUACCACAUCGCAUGGUUAGGGACACUGCGUCUUCCCGUCUCCUGCGACAGCUGUAUGGUGCUUCUGCAGGAUGUCUGUCUCUAAAGAAAUUGACCAGGAAGCUUCUCAAAAGGAGCAUACAGUUUGACAGGACUGGGCAUUGCUCUGUAGAAGAUGCUCUUGCUGCUCUGGACCUCUACAAGCUGGUGGAAGAGCGGUGGGAAAAAUCUCUCCAACCUUACGCCCAAAAUUCAUAUCCAGCCACUGAGUCGACGUCCUCUCUGGAGCACUACAUGCAGGAUGAAUACUGGCCUGAUAGUUUAACCGACUGCAAUGAGUGAGAGACCUGUACGGCAGAGAAGCUCGGACUGAAACCUCACUGAACUUGCGUCGGUCUACUGUUUGGGCUGCUGACAGAAUUUGUUGUUUUGAGAAAUCUGUAGCAAACCUUGGGUAUGUUUGAGUGAUAGUACUAUGGCCAACUUUACUUCACAGAUAUGGAGAUAUUAAUCCUGUGGUUAAAGCAAGGAAGCGAGCAGCGUUAAAGUAAUGACGUUCUUACAAUUACUUCUAAACUACCUUAUGCAGACUUGUUCUCAUACAAAAUCACAGGUUAUUGUGAUUUUAACUCACAAGUUUUGUAAAGAUGCCUGAGAGUAACUACAGUGUAGCUCAGUCUGUGUAUAUUUAUAUAAUUUAUAGGUAAUUGUGCAAAAACGUUGUAACCGUGGUUUAUUAAAGAUUACAUCCUACUCGA